AUGGUCCAGUCACAGAAAAUGACCUCGGGAACCAUGAAAGGUAACAAAUUUUCUUUUACCUCGGUUCGUUUCCAAGCAUGCAGUGAGAUUACGUUGGGAAGGGAAGACCCGACAUUGCUCCAUGUAAAACCCGAAACUUUACGUUGCAUGCUCGCAAGACUGUUUCUUUCACAACUGUUUUGUUAAUUAUACGAUUCAUAUUCUUCUUAACAGUUUCUAGGAAGCUUUCCCCUCCGGAACAAGACGGGAAAACGGUAAGUACCUUUGCCUUUCUUCGUUCGAACGCUUCGAUUAAUGGCUGAGCUGGCUAUUGUUGUUCACUUCGGUUAGAAGCCCUGUUUGGCUUCUUGUUUUCAAGUUUGCCUCUUAUAUGUGCCUAAGUUUGCGUCCACUAUAAGCUCACAUGUAUUUACCUCCUUUGUUUUCUAGAUCGCCCCACAAACCAAGAAACGGAGAACCCUGGAAGACUUUAACACGUUUUGUAGCCUCAUUCUUGCGUACGAAGCCAGACAAGGGGUGAGAUAUGUUUUUACUGAAUGAGGCAGUAUUUUGCGUUCGAGUAGUUUAAAAGUAUCAAAACCUGCUUCUUCAGUGGGUUCGAUGACUCUUCCACACUGAGUAAUCUUUCUUGAGCUACUGAGAUGAAACUCUUAUUGACACAUUCGUCGAUCGUUCAACGUGAUGUCUUGUUAUAUGCUUCUGCUUGAAAUAAAUAUCAGUGCCUCACUAACCUUCCUCUUGUGUUUGUAGGAUGUUCGGCAGCGUAACAGAAGUCCAAAUUCAAUGGAAAGUAUUUCGUCGAGUACAGAUUCUGCUUACAGCGAGGCAGCAUCGUCGCCAGCAAGUUCAAGUGGCGACGAAAGAUUGCUUGACGAUGUUGACGAAGAAUACAGUUCGGGUGAGCAUGGCGCGCGUCUUAAGGUUUUCCCUGUGUUCCUCUCAUUAGAAAUUUCUUAAUUUCAUGACUCCUUUUCUGUGUUUUAGCGCUUAUGGUUAAGGUUUUUGUCUGUGAGAGCUUUGCGCGUGGUGUAGUUCAGUUCAACACCGAAAUAAUCUGUCUGCUUUUUCCCCAUAGAUGAUGAAUCAUGGAAUAAAAUAACUUGCUACUGCCAAAAACCAUUUGCUGGUAAGUAGCGACUUCUUUAUUUCUUAUAUCCAGUGUUUCUUUGAGUAUAUCUUUCACCUUGCGACCGGCGUUAUAAUACGUGACACAUCCACGACGGAACUUAUGCUUAUCCAGUGUCGAAUAGAAAAUCGUUCCUAGUAAAUCAAUUCACUCAGCUUCUUCAAAUUUGAAACUUUCUUUCCCACUCUUUCGAUAAUUGAAGCUCAGUUCUUUUCACAUUCUAUCUCAACAAAAAAUAUGUGUAGCGUUAUUUUAAAACUCAAGGUAUCUUGAAAUAACUGGAAAGGUGAAUGCAAUUUUAGUUGUUUAUAAGAAGUGAAAACAGCGAGUUCUGUAGUCGUGUGUGAAGCUUGGUGAUUACCUGUCAUUCAAUUCAGGUCGACGAUUUGGGAUUUUGUAUGGCUUGCUUUACUUAGAAUCUCUAGUAUCUUUGAAAGGUGUUCGUUUCUCUCGAUGUUGCCUGAAAUUAGUUCAAAGUAAAAUACGACACGUCGCCAUUGCCAAUUCGUUGUGUGAUAAAUGGUCUUGUACAAUGUGAUCAUGGCCUCGGUAACUGCGUAUUGAUUCGCUUGUCCACGCCAUUUUAAUUGGCUGAUAUUUUUUCUGUUUUCUUGUUACUAAUGCAGGGCCAGACUUAAGAAAAUCCCUUGUUUGUCGGUCGUUACCAUACGAAGUAAAACCCCAGACGAUUCGGAUGCAUGCACUCUCGAGUAAAUUUCUCGUAUGUUGGUCUGACACACGAUAUCCCGUUUACUUGCCUUUCUUCGGUUGUUUUUUCCGUAAAGUUCGAGAGUGUUUGUCUUUCAUUCACGGCAGACUUUCGAAGACGAAUAUUUCAUUCAAUCCCUUUUGCUAUGAUUUUAAUAAUGAUGUUUGUUAACUUAUCAUUGAAUACAAAGGCACCGAAUCGGCCCUUUUAAUGCAAAUUGCUGUUGCUGUUGCUUUUUGCACGGUUUGUUGUUGAUUUUCUCUAUGUUUUUAUUUUGUAGGGAGACCAAUGAUCGAAUGCUCCGAGUGUCUAACGUGGAUACAUUUAUCCUGUGCAAAGAUUAGAAAAUCGAACGUCCCCGAUGUUUUCAUUUGUCAGAAAUGUCGCGACGCGAAACACACGAUGCGACGUUCGAAUCGAGUGCGAACUCAACCCAAGACGAAAGCGAUUAAUCUAAAACCUUAG